AUGGAAGGUGCUCCUUCCAUCUGCUACUUUUUGAGCUUCAAAACUCAAGUCGGGGCUGUUGCUUCAGACAUUGACGUUCCUCGACCUUCAAUUUUCCUCAAACCCGCUUUUCCAAACGGCAGUGAUUUUAAUGGGCAAAGUGGUGCCAGUCUCGGGAAUACAGGGCAAUAUUACGUGAAUGACACUCUCAACUCGCAUAAUUUUUAUGCUAGUGCCCAGAAUUCCGCUGACCUCAGGAUCCUGCCUAAUGCCUUCUCCUACUUGUAUGAAUACUACAGGGCUAUAGGACUCGACGGAUAUGCGGCGUUCAUCCAGGCGCAAAUUGUGGAAAAUGCUGCACUGAGUGGAACAGCUGGAUCACUGAUUCCGCCAGUGCCGACUACUACAUCGCAGACCACGAUUUCGAACGCAAAUAAUCUGACUCCUCCUGGAGGUUCAGACUAG